CGUAACAGUUUCGAGUGUAUCGAGGGAAUAUAUCACCAUCACUUGAAAGAAGUCGGAGCAGCAGAAUUCUAGAAGAAUGUCUGAACAAACGGACUCAACUACAGCUGAAUAUUGGGCCGAUCGUUGGAAGGAAGGGCAUACGGGCUGGCAUCGGCAAGAAGUAAACGCAUAUCUAAUCAAGUAUGUUCACGAGCUCACCGCUGGAAGACCUAAAGUGCGGGUGUUCGUGCCUCUUUGCGGCAAGUCAGUCGAUAUGUUGUGGUUAGCCGACCAAGGACACACUGUAGUAGGGGUAGAGGUUGCUAGAAAAGCAAUUGAAACUUUCUUCUCCGAGAAUAAUCUGAGUUUUACCGUGGAAAUCGUUAAAAUGGCCACAGACAACGAACCAGUUGACAAGUACACGUGCAACGAAAAGGCUAUUACGAUCUUUUGCUGUAAUCUGUUCAGUAUUGCGGAAGAUGAUGUCGGUGGUAGAUUUGACGCUAUUUGGGACCGAGGAUCCUUGUCUGCGGUUGCUCCUGCAUUCGACGAUAAUGGCAAACGAUAUACGAAAAAGAUGCGUUCACUUCUCGCCAGUGAUGGAAACUACAUGUUAGAAAGCCAUUACUAUGAAAUUGACCGAGGAAUGAGACCACCAGCCUGCAUUUCUGAAGAGCUUAGGAACAAAAUUUACGGAGAGGAUUUUAUCAUCAGAGAGCUGGAAAUAAAUAGGCUCGAAGAAGAUCCUAACAGAAGCUUAUCCUUCGCUUUAGAUCUGCACUAUCAUUUAUUCAAACCGAAGGAAAACUAAUGAAUGCAUCUGAAUGUAUUACCUCAAAUUAAUUAACCCAGCUGAUGCCGAUUGCUGGGAAUGCAUGAGUUUUCUUCGUGAGAGACAUUAGAACUGAUGUGAUUUUAUCACACUUUGUUUACUAUUGAUUCCCAAAUCUAUUUGUUGUUGUUUUUUUGGAGACAUUCCAUAUUUUGUGCAGAAGUCAACACUAGAGUAAUUUAGUGAGGACUCAUUUGUGAGAUGAAUGUGGUUGGUAUGUGACAAUGUAGGGAAAGUGAAAUUCUGGUUUUUGGCUAAAUAGGUUAAUGCAGAACUCUUAAAGUUAUCAUUUUGGUUGCAAGACUCAGGGAGUAAGAGGUAAAAAAAAUAGACCUGGUAGCAUUUUGCCUUGAACCCAAACUGGAGCAUGUUAGUCUGUAGUGCAGGAAUUUUGCCAGGGAGGACAAGUAAGUAUUACAAGCUUGUUGUGAUCAAAUCUUCAUCUCCCCAAUCUCGCACUGCAGUAAAAUUCAAAGAUGGCAGCUGAACAUUUGUCAAAGAAAUAGUCUCUGCUCUCUUGGCAAAGCUGCACCUUCACUACAGGCUAAGAGCCUGGCCUCCUGCAGGUAUGAGUGAGCUUCUCCAUUAAAAGAGGUACAUGAAAAUAUGGAGCAUCAAAAAACUCAGCUGGGAAUUUUGAUCACCAAUAAAAAUUUUGGUUUUUGUUCUGCACUUCAAUUUAGGCAUUGUACAAACUUUCUCAACUGUUUGCUUAUGCCAAGCAAGGCCAUUUCUUUAGAUGAUGUAUCAUAAAGCUUUAAUGAGCAGUAUUGGAAGAUGGAAUUAAAGUUGUUUCAUUGAA